AUGGCGUUUUGGGUGCUUAAGUGGUUUAACAUGGAUCUCAUGGGUGCCGGAGGACAUAGAAAUCUCCAAUUACAAGAGUUAGAGGAAAUAAGGAACGAAGCCUAUGAGAACGCAGCAAUUUAUAAGGAAAGGAGCAAAAUCUUUCACGAUCAACAAGUUUCAAGGAAGUCAUUUGUAGUAGGGCAAAAAGUCCUUCUUUAUCACUUGAGACUUAAGCUUUUCCCUGUAAAAAUCCAGAGUUUGAAAACGGAGAAGAAACUCGUUGUAAAUGGUCACCGUCUAAAACCUUGCUAUGAAGGGUUUAGUAGUGAGCAAGUGGAGGUCAUCUGUCUUGAUAAUCCAAGUUGUGAGGUCUAA